AUGGCCAUUCAUGAACACAAGAUCUACGAUUACUACAUCGUCGCCGAGAAUGGCUACUUCUACAACCCGGAAACCCGGAAAAUGAUGGACCACCACCCUUCGUCCGUGUCGCCAAAACCACAAGUUAUCAACACCAACUUGAUAAAGACUUGCAAGAUCGCGGCCGCUGAGAUGAAAGGUUUGGCUCUCGAACGUAAUGAGGUCAUCUUUCAUGCUAUGUGCUCCGUGAACGAUGGAGAUGGGUGUCUGGAUCUCAACUCACGGGCUGGACGCUUCAAAAGCCUUCUCAAGUGUCGCCAGAUCCAAAGAAUCCGUAUGCUUGUCUGUACCGCUUCAUUACUGACGACGGAUGACUACACGAGACUCGCUCAAGAAUACCCAGACUUUGCGUUUUGGUUUGAUGGCCCCUUGCGCAGGGCUAUCAGAGGACGCACAGAUGGAUUGAACAUGGACAGUACGAACGACUGUAUCGACUCUUUGUUCAGCAGUGGAGACUUUGAUAGAGCUCUUCAACUUGCACUUGAACUCGCCAAGGCUCGAAAUCCUCUUACAUUCGCAAGACUUGCUGUGAAGACCUUCGGAGACGAGUACCCCGAGCGUCUUCGUGUCUCAUAUGAGCCUAGACGUGGUAAUCUCUUCUCUGAGGGAUCUUUGUGCACGCUCUUUGAAUGGAAGCCUGAGCCGUGGCGUAUACCGAGCCAUGAGGAACUUACUUCAAUCGAAGCGCUAUUGUCGAUGAAAGCUGUACGAGGCAUGGAAACAUUCUAUUCCGCACACAAUACCAAAUGGUACUUCUCCGCUACAUCAGUAGCUAUCCAAUACUUGGAAACGCUGAACCCCAAGGUGCGCAUGGUAUUGCGCAACAUCGUAAUAAGAGAAGACUUCAAAAGCGUUUCCAAUCCAGAACUCCACGCUCGAGGUCUUAUUCCAUUCUGCCGCGAGAACGCAAACCUUCGGAUUACUCAACACGUCAGUCUUUUCGAAUCAAUGCUUCCGUCAUCUUCGGGUGGGCAAGAUAACCGGCGAAGCUUUUACUACGACCGUGAUUCUGUCUGGGGCCCAGAAUGUCUGGAAGCCAUGAUAAACUUGAUCCAAGUAGCGUUUUCACUCCAGACACUUGGUAUGCCGAACGAAAGCUUCUCACUGGUCUUCGACAAUAGUGUGACAGAAGGCGACUGGGUGUGGAACACAAUUGUCAUGCGCACAGCAGCCUUACAAGAAGUUUUUACCAGAUGGCUUCGCGCACGCAGUAUUAUCCUCAGAACCAACGAGGGGAGAGAGCCCGGGGGUUAUGGAAGGCUGUGGGACGUCCCAUCGACCUUUGCCGCCAACGUUCGGAGUAUCGCAGAAGGGAACGCAAUCAUGCAGCUGACUUCGCGUAUGAGCUCAGUUGAGAUCAAGGCCACUGAUCUAGACCUGAACAGCCGCAUGCACUACACGUUCGGGGACUGGGACGAUGAGUGGAACGCGGGGCAUCGAACCGGCGGGCUUCAAGAGAGUAGUAACAACGGUUAG